GUGUUUCUUCUGAAGCUGGUUCAUAAUGGCCAGAGCAGAAUAACUGCUGUCUUCCUGCUUCUGUUCCAAGUCCAUGUUCUGCUUUUUUAUUUAUUCAUGUCACUCCCCUAUUCCAGGUCUUCAGAGACUCUCUAUUGUCCCUAGAUAAAAUACAAACUCUUGCUUCAUAAACUGAUUCUAGCUUGUCCUUAAAUUAAGAAAAAAGACAAACUUAUUCUGUAUUGCUCACUAUCACACACGCCACCUUUCAUGAAUAAUUAAUAAUGAAAAAGGAUUAAUAAUGUAGCAAUAACAAUCUUUCUAUAUCACUUUAUGGGUUGCAAAGUGCUUUACAUGUUAAUACAACUGAGCACCAUAGCAUAUGCUAUUAUUGUCCUGAUUUUGCAGAUGAGGAAACUGAGGCUGGGAGGUUGGAAUUUAUUAAGUGGCACCUUCUUUGGGGCUAGGUCUCCCUUAACCUGUAAAAUACAGGCCUUGGCUUAUGAUUCCUGAGAUAGCGUCCUUUUUUCCAGUUUUAUAAUCCUAGGAAUCUACUUCGAGGUUCCUAUCCUCAAGAAGCUUACCUUCUACUCUGCCCCACCCCUUACUAUCACGUGAUUCACACACCACCACCCCCGCCCCGAAGGGAGGGGUUAGAGGAGGAAAAAGGAGGCGGCGAGGUCAGAAGGCCUUUAGGCCCAUAUCUGCAGCUUGUUAGAGGAGAGGCGAAGAGAAGAAGAGGCGGGGCCAGAACGAACGAGCUCGUACCCUGCGCCCAGAGACUCGUGCUCGGCGGUGGGCGGGACCGGAAAGGAGGGAAAAGGACGCGUGCUCGGUGGUGGGAGAGGCCAGAGAGGAGCCUUCUCUGCCUGAUGACCUCUAAGGCCAGAAAGCGAGUGGUCCUUCCCACAAGACCAGCUCCACCCACAGUUGAACAAAUCCUUGAGGAUGUUCAAGGUGCUCUGCCCUCUGAUCCAGUUUUCACCUCCUUUACUCCACAAUCCCUGGAAGAGAUUUCGGCCCCUCAGGAGAUUGAGGACCCAGAGGCAGAAAGGGAACGGCAGUACCAGCAAAGUCGUUCCUAUGUGGCCAUGAACCAUCGGCUCCAGUUGGCCUGUGGCCUGCUGAAACAGAAGUGUGAGGAGCUGCGGCAGGCUGGGGACAACCUUGAGCAGGACAUCUUAGAGAUGAAGCAGAGGGCCCUCUUGGGUGCACAAGGUUCCAGCUGUCUUCCCAGUAUGGAUUCCUCAGGUUGAUGUCAUGCUUUUGGAUUUAUUUUUGGAAGUGAAAUUCAGGACUUCAGUGUCUACAGAGACAAAAAAGCUUUUCUGGAAAUGGCUUUUCCAAAGCUUAGUGGGUUGAUUUUCCUCCAUGCUUUUCUAUUCUUCAGUCCAACAUCCCUUUCAGAGUACAUUCCUGGCUGGGGGAGGGACAGAGAAAUAUCGUAGCAGGACAUCUACUCCUGGCCCUAUAAAGAGGGCACGGAUGCUAGUGUCAGGAUCUGAAGACAGUCAUUACCCCCGCCUUGGAGUCACCCGGGGAGGUCAGGACUGACCUGGGCCAGUUUGAGUGCUUCAUGGUAUCCAGAACAGAAUCUAAACCAGACCAUGGAACUUGGAAACCAAGUCAUUAGCUGCUAUCUCCAAGGAUGAAUCUUCCGAGAGACACUGCUCGAUCACCAGAGAAGAAUGCUGACUCCAGGAACACAUUCAUUUCAUUGUCAUAGCUCCCAGAAGGAUUAUCUCGUGCUUCCAGCACAGUGUCUUCCUGUUCUCUAUAUGCAGGCCUCUAAGUCCUAUUAUAUCCAUGCCUUUUACUUUUCAAAAGUUGGUCAUGUUUAUGCAUGCUGCCUCUGGUGGUCUUGUUGAUUUUGUUGCCCUCAUUAAAUCAAAAUUGUCCAAA